UUCUUCCCUGGGCAACACAACGCUGUCGUUUUGCAGUACAUUUCUGCUUACUGCCCCGCGCUACGGUGGCUCAGGAGAGACAAUUAACCUAAGAUCCUUCGCCUGAACAAAGUCUGUAGCGCUAUCUUUCGGAUAUCACGUAGUCAUGGAGAACUACCAGAAGAUCGAGAAAAUCGGAGAGGGAACCUACGGCGUUGUUUACAAGGCCCGUGAGCUCACACAUCCUAACCGCAUUGUCGCCUUGAAAAAGAUUCGGUUAGAGGCAGAAGAUGAAGGCGUUCCAAGCACGGCCAUCCGUGAGAUCUCCUUGCUGAAGGAAAUGAGCGAUCCCAACAUUGUACGACUCCUCAAUAUUGUCCAUGCAGAUGGCCACAAGUUAUACCUCGUUUUUGAAUUCCUGGACCUGGACCUCAAGAAAUAUAUGGAGGCCCUGCCUGUAAGCGAAGGUGGACGUGGCAAAGCACUCCCGGAUGGCUCUGCACUAAGCAAGAGUAUGGGACUGGGAGAUGCGAUGGUCAAGAAGUUCAUGGCUCAAUUGAUUGAGGGAAUUCGCUAUUGCCACAGCCACCGUAUCUUGCAUCGGGAUCUCAAGCCUCAGAACCUCUUAAUCGACCGUGACGGCAACCUGAAAUUGGCAGACUUUGGACUGGCAAGGGCAUUUGGUGUUCCUUUGAGAACAUACACACACGAGGUUGUGACACUGUGGUAUCGCUCUCCCGAAAUCCUCCUGGGUGGACGCCAGUACUCCACUGGUGUUGACAUGUGGUCUUGUGGAGCUAUCUUUGCAGAGAUGUGCACUCGAAAGCCUCUUUUCCCUGGAGACUCCGAAAUCGAUGAAAUCUUCAAGAUUUUCCGACUCCUUGGUACACCGGACGAAAUUGCCUGGCCUGGCGUCACCUCCUUCCCCGACUAUAAGCCGACCUUCCCCAAGUGGAAGCGUGAAGAAACCCGCGCACUCGUUCCUGGCUUAGAAGAAGAUGGCCUUGAUCUCCUGGACGCCCUCCUCGAAUACGAUCCAGCACGGCGUAUCUCUGCCAAGCAGGCUUGCAUGCACCCAUACUUCCAGCACGGUAGCUCUUACUACUCCGGUCGCACACGCAGGCACUAAGAGAGACCUUCGUCAUGUAUAAUGUAUUCGUGGACGGCUGAAGCAGACCCAGAGGCGCUAUCCGUAUAGCGUAACAGCGCUCCUGUUCUCGCGUCUAUUGCCUACCCUCAGAAUAUCU